AUGGACGUAGAGCCCAUCUACUGCGCGGAGCAGAUAGUCAUCCCGCCAGACCUCGCGGAAGUGCUCAAGUCGUACACGAAGGAGGUCAUUCGCCGGCAACCAGAGGAUGUCGUCGAGUUCUCCGCCAUCUACUUCUCGAACCUCGCGAACGCGACCAAGUCGCUCAAGCAGUUCGAGGCACCCAAGAUGCCCAUGCUGCGGAGCCUCGUCGCCGCGCUCCACGGCGCGCGCGAGCCCGUGGCUCCCCAGGAGCUGGCGCAGCUCGCCAAGCAGCACGGCGUGACCGCCCCGACCGUCACCAAGGUGUUUGAGCUGGACCACUUCCGCGACAUGGACAUGAUCCUGCCGCGGGAGUUCAUCAUGGUGCUCGUGACCAUGUCCGGGCGCAACCUGAAGGACGCGAUCGCGUCGGCGUUCGAGGUGUUCAGCACCGACCGCGGGACGCUCACGUGCGAGGACUUCGUCGAGCUGUUCAACAUCCUCGCGUACCAGGACGGCGGGACGGAGAUCUCCGAGCAGCUGCGGCAGGACGUGGAGGGCAGCUUCAAGACACUGCCCCCGCUGACGCUCACCGACAUCUACCAACACCCCUCCAUCGCCGCGCACCUCUGA